UGCACACGCGGCAACAUGGAGGCUGAAAGAGCCCCGGAGGAUGCCGGCGCGAAAGGGGCUUUUAGCGCCGCAGAACACCUUCCUCGACACCAUCGCCACGCGCUUCGAUGGCACCCAUAGCAACUUCGUGCUGGGCAACGCCCAGGUGUCCAAUGUGCACCCGAUUGUCUACUGCUCCGAUGGCUUCUGCGAACUCACGGGCUUCGCCCGCGCCCAGAUCAUGCAGAAGGGAUGCGCCUGCAAGUUCCUGUACGGCCCGGAGACGCGGGAGGAGGACAAGGUGGCCAUCGACAAGUCCCUGGAACUCAAGACUGAGCUUAAGCUGGAGGUGGUCUUCUACAAGAAGAACGGGUCCCGCUUCUGGUGCCUGCUGGACAUCGUGCCCAUCAAGAACGAGAAGCGCGAGGUGGUGCUGUUCCUCGCCAGCCACAAGGAUAUCACGCACACCAAGGUGCAGCAGCCGCAGACCUCGGACGACGAGGACGACGACUGCGAGAACGAUGCCAACGGCAACCUGGAUCCGGAGGCUCCACCGGCCAACUACGAGAGACGGCGGUCGAGAGCCGUGCUGUACCAACUGUCCGGGCACUACAAGCAGGACAAGAUCAAGUCCAAAAUCAAGCUCAACAAUACGCUGCUGCAGCCCGACAACGCCCCGCUGCCCGAGUACAAGACGGCCGCGCUCAAGAAGUCGCGCUUCGUGCUGUCGCACUACGGCGCCUUCAAGAGCUGCUGGGACUGGCUCAUCCUGCUGGCCACCUUCUACGUCGCCAUCAUCGUGCCCUACAACGCGUCCUUCGUCAACCCGGACCGGCCGUCCAUGGUCAGCGACGUGGUCGUCGAGGCGCUCUUCAUGAUGGACAUCGCCCUCAACUUCCGCACCACGUACGUGUCGCGCAAGGGCGAGGUGGUGUCCAACCCCAAGUCCAUCGCCGUCAACUACUUCAAGGGCUGGUUCGUGGUGGACCUGCUGGCCGCGCUGCCCUUCGACCUGCUCUACGCGUCCGACGUGUACAGCGGCGAGGAGUCAGGGCAUGGCCAGAUCCACCUCCUGAAGCUGACGCGACUGCUGCGGCUGGCCCGGCUGCUGCAGAAGAUGGACCGCUACUCGCAGUACUCCGCCAUGAUCCUCACCAUGCUCAUGUUCUUCUUCACGCUGCUGGCCCACUGGCUGGCCUGCGUGUGGUUCGUCAUCGCGGAGCGGGAGCGCGCCCUCAACCGCAAGGAGUGGGACCUGGGGUGGAUCCACACGCUGGCGGACCGGCUCAAGCUCAACGUGGCCAACAUCUCGCACUCCGAGUCGUACAUCACGGCGCUCUACUUCACCUGCUCGUCGCUCACGAGCGUCGGCUUCGGCAACGUGUCGGCCAACACGUACGCCGAGAAGACCUUCAGCAUCAUCACCAUGCUCGUCGGAGCGCUGAUGCACGCCGCCGUGUUCGGAAACGUGACUGCCAUCAUCCAGCGCAUGUACUCGCGCCGGUCGCUCUACCAGACCAAGUGGCGCGACCUCAAGGACUUCCUGGCGCUGCACCAGGUGCCCAAGGAGCUCAAGGGCCGCAUGGAGGACUACUUCCAGACCAUGUGGUCGCUGAACCACGGCCUGGACAUCCACGAGACGCUGAAGGAGUUCCCGGAGGAGCUGCGCGGCGACGUGUGCCUGCACCUGCACCGGGAAAUCCUGCAGCUGCCCAUCUUCGAGACGGCCUCGCCCGGCUGCCUCAAGCUGCUGUCGCUGCACAUCCGCUCCAACUUCUGCGCGCCCGGCGAGUACCUCAUCCACCGCGGCGACGCCCUCGCCUACACCUACUACCUGUGCCACGGCUCCAUGGAGGUGGUGCAGGACGACAUGGUGGUCGCCAUCCUGGGUAAGGGCGACCUUGUGGGGAGCGACAUCAACAUGUUCCUCCAGCCCGCCAACGGCGCUGCGGGUGGCGGCGGGGGCGGCGGGGGCGGCGGCGGUGGUGGCGGCGGUGGAGGCGGCGGGGGCGGCGGCGCCCCCAUCGACGUGCUCAUCAAGUCCUCGUGCGACGUGCGCGCGCUCACGUACUGCGACCUCAAGUGCCUGCACAUCGUGGGGCUGGUGGACGUGCUGCGGCUCUACCCGGAGUACCAGUCGCAGUUCGCCAACGACAUCCAGCACGACCUGACCUACAACCUGCGCGAGGGCUACGAGGCCGAGCAGGAGUCCGAGGGCAACGGCGGGCCGUCCCUGACCCUGCCCUCCAUCAGCGAGGACGACGAGAACCUCCCCGAGGAGGGGGAGUUGUCGCCGCUGUCGCCCAUGCACGCGCUGCACGCCUCGCCCGGCAGGCACGCCAAGUUCCAGUCCAGGCUGGAGGAGCUGCGCUACCUGGAGGGAGGCCGCGGGCGGCGGAGCGGUGCAGGCGCCGCGGACCGCCCCCGGGGAGUGCUGGGGGCGCUGGGCGCCCUCGGCGCGGCCGACGCGCGCUCCAGCGUGGAGCGGCUGGACAACCACGUCAGCACACUGCACCAGGACGUCGCCACCCUCAGCCAGGAGACCGACUACCCCGUGGACCUGCUGGAGCAGUUCGUGCUGGAGAACCCCCACCGCGUGCUGGCGCUGCUCGGCGUGGACGCGGCGCCGCCGUCGAUGCUGCCACUUCCGCCGCCACCGCCGCCGCGCCGGCCGCCGCACGUGGCGCAGGAGACGGAGCUGGUGUACACCAUGCCCAGCGCGUACUCGGUGCGCUCGGUGCGCAGACUGGCCACCAGCGUCGGCGAGCUGGGAUGCCCUUUUGUACCCAAGAGCCAGUUCUUUGCUGUGCUGCCUUCUCCAAUACUGACGAGCCUUCGGACCGUUGGCAGUCCCAGUGGGAGAUUCAAGUCUGCGCACCGCACAAACAAUUUAGAACCUCCCGACCAGAACCGACUGCUGCCAAGUGAAGCACAGAAUGCACAAGGAGUACCACACCACCACAAGACAUGA